CAUAGGAAGCAUUGUCAACAUUGUAUCACUGCAUUCUCAACACUGCAUUGCAAGGGGUCAGCACUAUAUCACAGUGAUAUAUAUGGAGCCGAUGCAUGCUCUUGAUUUGAGUUUUGACUCAGACAGUGACGAUGAAAAUAUACAAUUUCUGGUGUGUGUAGCACUACAUGAGUAUUGUAAUACUUACCUUCAACCUAGACCAUGCCGAACGUCCAUAUUACAAGGACAUGACUACGUAUUAGAAAUAUUGAAUGGCCAUGAAAGAAGGUCCAAGGAAAAUUUCAGAAUGGAACCAGAUGUAUUUAUUAAUUUGUGCGAGGCACUUAAGGUAUAUGGUAAACUGGAACACUCACGUUAUCUGACUGUCCAAGAGCAAGUUUGUAUAUUUUUGCUAACAAUUGGUCACAACGAACGAAAUCGUGUUGUCCAAGAGCGAUUCCAACAUUCUGGCCAAACCAUCUCCAAAUACUUCAACCGAGUCUUGAAGGCAGUGUGUAGGCUUGGUAAACAAGUUAUAAGGCCUCCAGAUUUUGAUGAGGUGCCUGCAGAAAUUCGACAUAAUCCACGCUUCUAUCCUUUUUUUAAGGAUUGUGUUGGAGCAAUUGAUGGUACCCACAUAUCUGCAAGGGUGCCAGCAUCAGAGCAAAUACCAUAUCGGGGUAAGCAUACAGUUACAACACAAAAUGUAAUGUGUGUUUGCUCAUUUGAUAUGCGAUUUACGUAUGUAUUGGCCGGUUGGGAGGGCACUGCAAAUGAUUCAAGAGUGUUCAUUGAAACCGUACAUGAUCCAACAAAUUUAUUUCCAAUGCCACCAACAGAUAAAUACUAUGUUGUCGACUCGGGUUAUACAAAUAUGCCUGGCUUUUUAUCGCCAUACCGUGGUGAGAGGUACCAUCUAAAUGAGUUUCGUAAUCAACGUCGACAACCAAGAAACAAGAAGCAAAUGUUCAAUUACCGACACUCCUCACUGCGCAAUGUGAUUGAGAGAUGCUUCGGUGUCUUGAAGGCUCGUUUUCCAAUUUUGAGAGACAUGCCUCCGUAUUCAACUAAGACGCAGAGAUACAUCCACAUUGCAUGUUGUACAAUACACAACUGGAUAAGGACACAUUCUCAAAAUGACACAUUGUUCGCUGAAUGGGCCAAUCCAGAUCGUAUCGUUGAAGAUAAUGGGCCUAGUGGAGGUGAUAGUAGCAGCUCGACACAUGCAGGAAGUAGUUCUCAGCAACCAAUUGACUUAGACAUUAGUCAACCUCAAUUACGUCACAUGUCUGAUGUAAGGAAUCAAAUUGCUGGUCAAAUUUGGGAAUCUCUCGGAAACAAUUGAAAUAUUAUUUAUGCGUAUAAUAGAUUGUGGAAGAUGUUUUUUUUAUGGUUUGUGGAAGAAUUGAGAUGUUAUUAUUAUGGUUUGUAAGUUGUUAUGAACAUUAUGGUUUAUUAUGGUUAU